AUGGAAACUUUUGAGGGGUUAAUUCUCGAACAGCAACAACUGGGUCAAUUAAUCCAGAAAUUGAUUUCGAAUUUCAAAAAGGAUCCAAAAGAAAGGAAAUUGAAUAAAGCUUACUUUGAAGAACGUAAAAGGCGUUUAACUAAUAUAUGGUCUGAAUUUGAAGAAAAUGACAACCGUAUCAGAGAGUUGUCAGAUGUCGAAACCACUCAUGAAUAUUUUACUAAUGAGGAUUAUUUAAAAACUAAAGACUUAGCAGAAUGUUACAUUGCUCGAUUCACUCAGCAACUACAGGAGUUCAGUGACGAAGCAAAUCUCAGCAAGAAGUCGCAAGUAUCUAAAGAAACAGAAAUUUCAUGUCUCAUUAACAAGCAAAUGGGAAUGAAAAUAUCAUUAAAACGACUAUUGGAGAAGGUCCAAGGAGAUUUGGGAUCAAACACGUUUACUGCGUUGGAAAUAUACAAAAUAAAAAUCAACAAGUUGUGGCAAGAAAUUGAGGAACUCAAUUUUAAUAUAUGGGAAAUCGCUAGUGACCCACUAUCAAUUGGUUACAAUAUAGACGAUUAUCAACAAUUAGAGGAAUUAAUACAACAAACUUUGAUUUCAAUUUCUGAGCUGAUAAUAACAAAACAACCACAUGUAGUUACAACAGAGGUAACUAACAAUCCAAUCCAAUUACCGAAGGUGUCUAUACCGCAAUUUGGCGGAGAUUAUCUUAAAUGGACACAAUUUUAUGAUAUGUUCUCUCAAAUGGUAGACAACCAAUCACUACCCAAGGUACAAAAGAUGUGGUUUUUAAAAAAUAAUUUAUCAGGAGAAGCAGAGAGGCUCAUCAGACAUCUGCCAACUACCAAUGAUAGUUACGACGUAGCAUGGAAGAUACUUCAGGAGAGAUACAGGAAUAAGAGGAUAUUAACAACCAUGUUAAUACAACGGCUGCUCGGACAACCUCAAUGCUCUGGCACUGCAAUGUCUCUAAAGUCACUACAUGAUGUCAUACAUGAAUGUUUGUUGGCAUUAAAUAACUUAAAUGUUCAAACAGUUCAUUGGGAUCCACUCCUCCUUCAUUUAUUAACAAAGAAGCUGGAUGCAACUACACAUACGUUGUAUGAGCAAUCAUUGGCAAGGCCAAAGGAAUUACAAUCAAUGACAGGGUUUCUAAGUUUCAUUGAAACACGUUUUCAAACUCUGGAAGCAAUCGGCCAAAAGAGUACUACCAAUAAUAACGUAAAGGUAUGUAAUACCGCAACAAUCAACAAAUCAACCAGGCAAUCAUGCAUAUAUUGUAAGCAAGAUUUACAUCAAAUAUACCAAUGCAAAGGGUUCUUACAAGCAAAUACUUUUGAACGACUACAAUUUGUUAAAAAACAAAACUUAUGUCGUAACUGUUUGCGACCAGGUCAUAUAGCAUACAACUGUAAAUCAGGCAAUUGUAUCAAAUGUAAUCAAAAACACAACUCUUUACUACAUGUAAACUCAUGGGUUAAUGGCACUGAAAAACAUACAACAAUACCAAAAUCGAACAAUACUCAACGCAAUGUAAGCACAGGUUUAAGCGUUGAUCAUCAAGCAUCAUUAACUAUUGCAAGAAAGCACAAUGAACAGCAAUAUGUAUUCUUAGGAACAGCAACUAUAAGAUUAUUGGCACAUAACGGCCAAGAAAUUCAAUGUAGAGCAUUAUUAGACUCAGGUUCUCAAGUUAAUUUAAUGACCGAGAGGGUAGCUCAUCGACUAGGAAUAACUCCAAAAGCAACAUCAAUGCGUAUAAAUGGAGUUGGUAACACCACAAAGGGUGCUCGUCAAAGAAUCAGCACUGUUUUUAAAUCAAUGAAUAGCAAUUUCAAUACAAAUUUAGAAGCAUUUGUGUUACCACAUAUUAUUGCUCCACAACCAACACAAUGUGUCAAUAUCAGUUCAUGGAACAUUCCAAAAAAUAUUACAUUAGCUGAUCCUAACUUCAAUGAGCCACAAAAAAUAGACGUAUUAUUAGGAGCUGAAUUUUAUCCACAUCUCUUAACGUCAGGGCAAAUCCAAUUGGGAGUCGACAAACCAAUACUCCAGAAUACUACUCUUGGAUGGGUUGUAAGUGGCAAACUAUCAGAAACAGCAAAAGGUGACGCAGUCUGUUGUAUGUUUAGCGAAGAAGAAGAUUCGCUAAAUAAUCUUCUCGUCCGAUUUUGGGAUCUUGAAGAAUCAGCACAAAAUUCAAAACUACUGUCUGAUCAAGAAAAAUUAUGUGAAACUCAUUUUGUGGAAAACUUGAAACGUACUAAAGAAGGCAGAUUUAUUGUGAAAUUGCCACUUAUUGACAGUGUAUCAACAUUAGGAUCCUCUAGUGAAAUCGCACAACGCAGAUUUUUCUCUCUUGAACGACGGCUGUCAAAAAAUGAAACAUUAAGGGCACAAUACGUGCAGUUUAUCACUGAGUAUAAAGAUCUCGGUCACAUGGAAGAAAUUCAACCUGAUGACAUCAUGGCCUCACAUUAUUUCAUUCCUCAUCAUUGCGUGAUAAAACCAGAUAGCACCACGACAAAAUUACGUGUUGUGUUUGAUGCAUCUAGUAAAACUUCAUCAGGUCGAUCAUUGAAUGACAUUAUGCAUACUGGUCCUGUGGUACAGAGCGAUCUAUUCUCAAUAUUAUUACGAUUCAGAAUUCCAAGAUACGCUUUCACAACGGACAUUGAGAAAAUGUAUAGGCAAAUACUUAUUCACCCAGAAGAUCAAAUGCUACAAUUAAUCAUUUGGAGAAAUAAUCCACAAGAGCCGCUACGAUUUUAUAAACUAAAAGCUGUAACAUAUGGGACUCGAUCAGCUCCAUACUUAGCUACCAAAUGUUUACAAACUUUAGCAAGAGAAAGUUCUGGAACUAAUCCAUUUGGAGCAGAGACCCUACGAAGAGAUUUCUAUGUCGAUGAUGGAUUAUGUGGUUCUAACAGUCUGAUAGAGGCUAAGGUGAUUCAAGAACAACUAAUUAACAUUUUGAAAUCAUAUGGUUUUAAGCCAAGAAAAUGGUGCGCUAAUCACCCACAAUUACUACAAAACAUUUCACCACAUGAUCAGGAAGUCUGUUGGGAUAUUUCUACUUGUUCGUUCAAAACAGCUAAGACUUUGGGAAUGAUUUGGACACCACAGCUUGAUAAUUUGUGCAUAACAACAAGUAUAACACCAUGUACAACUUUUACUAAGCGUUCAGUAGCUUCAGACUUAGCAAGAGUUUAUGACCCAUUAGGAUUGGUAGCACCAAUCAUAGUCACAGCAAAAAUAUUUGUUCAACAAAUUUGGGAAUUAAAGACGACCUGGGAUGAUCCAUUACCUCAUGAAUAUGAAGCCGAAUGGAUUAAGUUUCGGUCAAGACUGCAAGAAAUUAAUAAUAUGAUCAUUCCGAGACAUGUUUUUAACCAUGAAAUUCCAUUAGAUAUUCAAUUACAUUGUUUUGUAGAUGCAUCUGAAAAGGCAUAUGGAGCAGCAAUCUAUGUAAGAGCAAUUCUAAAAACAAGUACAAUCAUAGUACGGCUACUUUGCUCAAAAUCAAGAGUAGCGCCAUUAAAAAGGCAAACAAUUCCACGAUUAGAAUUGUGUGCAGCACUUCUGGGAGCCCAACUGUUAGCGAAGGUUAAACAAGAUCUUGCAUACGAUAACCACAAAUCUUUUUUAUGGACAGACUCACAAGUUGUAUUAUACUGGAUCAACUCUAACUCAAAUAUUUUUCAAACAUUUGUAGCACAUAGAGUAGCACGAAUUCAUGAAAUAUCUAAUGCAAGCCAAUGGCGUCAUGGAAGUUCCAAAUUAAAUCCAGCAGAUCACCUAUCAAGGGGUUUACAACCUACGGAAUUACAUUCCAGUCACAUAUGGUUUUUUGGACCACUGUAUUUAUAUGGAAGCGAAUCAUCAUGGCCAGGUUCAAUUGCUCAGGAACAUCUUAUAACUGAUCAUUCUGAAACCAAAAGAAGGGCGCUUGAAAUGCAACGCUCAACACAACCUUCAAUCGUAACUUCAGCAAUCACCAGCAUUACUGAAGAUUUCAUCUAUAAGAUCAAUUAUAGAAACUCGUUUGCAAGAUUGCAACGAAUCAUUGCAUACGCACUACGAUUUGUAAAAUACUCCAAAGGCAAAGACAACAGGCACACUACCUCUUUAAUAUUAAGUCCAGACGAGUUGAACUCAUCAUUACAAGUAAUCAUUCGUAUAAUACAACAAAGCGAUUUCAGGGAAGAAUUGCAGCAAUUACACUCAAAUGGCACAGUGCACAAAACUAGUUCUCUCUCUAGUUUAAGUCCAUUCUUAGAUAGUAACGGAAUUCUAAGAGUCGGAGGUCGACUUUCAUCAUCACUUAUAGCUUAUGAUACCAAACAUCCAAUGGUAUUGCCAUAUAAUGAUCCAAUUGUGAAAAGUGUUUUCGUUGAUGUUCAUAGAAAAAACAUGCAUUGUGGUGCACAAGCAUUAUUGUCACAAAUCCGACUUCAAUUUUGGCCCAUCAAGGGAAAGAUAAUGGCUCGAUCAACGGUUCAACAUUGUGUCCGCUGCACAAGAAGCAGACCAACAACAUUUCAACAAAUAAUGGGUCAGCUACCACCAGCUAGAGUUCAACCUUCAAGGCCAUUCUACAAUGCAGGAGUAGAUUUUUGUGGACCAUUUUGGGUUCACUACAAAAUCAGAGGAAAAAGACCACACAAGGUUUAUGUAGCAGUGUUUUGUUGUUUUGCCACAAAAGCAGUCCAUUUAGAAGUGGUGAGCGACUUAACUUCUGAUGCAUUUAUUGGUGCACUGAAGAGGCUCAUAGCUCGACGAGGACAUUGCAAAACGCUGCAUUGUGACAAUGCUACAAAUUUUGUUGGUGCGAACAAUAAAUUAAAUGAAUUAUCCGAACUGCUACGUAAAACUUCUGUUCAAAAUAAAAUAGUUCAAACAUGCAGUGAUAAAUUAAUCACAUUUAAAUUCAUUCCACCUCGAACUCCACAUUUCGGGGGUCUUUGGGAGGCAACUGUUAAAUCAGUUAAAUAUCAUUUAGUUCGAAGUACAUCAACAGCUUCAUUAACCUAUGAAGAGUUGGAAACGAUCAUUGUGGAAAUUGAAGCAAUAUUGAACUCAAGACCAUUAACACCAAUGUCAUCAGAUCCAAACGAUCUUGCCGCAUUGACACCAGGUCACUUCCUUAUUGGUGAACCACUCACUGCACCUAUAGACACCAAUGUUCAUGGGACAAAUCACAACCUACUUACAAGGUGGAAAUUGGUUUCUCAUUUGAGACUGGAAUUUUGGAAAAGAUGGAACGCUGAGUACUUAACAGAACUACAACAGCGACAUAAAUGGAAGGUUCCUGUUAACAAUGUCAAAGAAAACACGAUGGUCAUAAUUAAAGAAGACAAUACAGCACCACUCAACUGGCCCUUAGGUCGGGUUACGAAAGUGUUUCGAGGCGAUGAUGGCAUGGUACGAGUAGUGGAAGUGAAGACAGUUGCAGGAAUUUGUAAACGGCCUAUUCAUCGGCUUGCUCCACUGUUUCGAGAAGAUGAAGAGAAAGACGAAAAACGAAAACAUCAUUCAAACAUAAGCCAGGAAGAUACUUUGGUAGUUCCAUCAAAGAAAAUAAAGUUGCCCCAACAAACAACAUUAUUCGCAAUCAUUCUCACACUAUUCUUUCUGCCAAUUAUAUUGGGCAAUCCUGUAACCACAACACAGCUUAAUUCAAGUAUUGGUCUCUACUUCGAAAAUAUGGGCACUGUUCAGAUGGUAACAGGUGAAUGGAAAAUGGUUGUUUAUUAUGAAUUAGCUCCGGUACAGACCCAAUAUAACACAUUCGUUAAUGGAAUUUCUGCACUAGAUAAAUUGUGCAUCAAACUACAGCAGGGUUCGGCUUGUCACACGCUCGUAGGUACGUUUGAGCAUACAAGAGAUGAUAUCCUACAGGAGAAGAUUUUAUUAAACAACAGACGAGAUAAACGAGGAGCCAUAAACCUCGUUGGAAAUGUGGCAAAGGCUUUAUUUGGGGUUCUGGACUCAAAUUAUGCAGAGGAUAUGUCACAAACAAUAAAUCAGCUAAAGGAAGAUGAUAACCACCUAGCUAGAUUGCUGCAGAAUCAAACCUCCAUAAUAGAUUCAACAUUAAAUAUACUUAAACGUGAUGAAGAAACUGUUAAUAGUCAACUUGGUCAACUUCAAGAUCAAAUUAGCCAAGUACUAAAUCGAAUCGACAAUGAAACCGAACAAAUUAAAAUUACGCAGAUAUUCAUAUCAAUUGCAAUACAAUUGACACUGAUGGGUGCUAAUUUGCAAAGAAUACAAGCGGAAAUUAUAAAUGUUUUAAUUGACUCUCAUCACGGAAAAAUAAGUCCUCUAUUGUUAUCACCUCAACAACUAAAAAAUGAGAUCAAGCAUAAAAGAAGUCAUAUUCCGCCAUCUCGACGAUUUCCGGUUAAUCAAGAUGAUUUAGUUCAACUCUACAGAAUAAUGGAAAUAUCUGGAGCAGUAACUAAGGAACAAAUCAUAUUUGUUAUUAAGGUACCACUUAUAGAUUCCUAUGACAUGGAACUAUUCAGAAUAUUACCUAUACCAACAGUUAUAAACAACACCAUUUUAACAAUCAAAAGUGAUGUCUCGUUUAUAGCAUUUGUAAAAUAG